AUGGCUUCUUUCGUUCCAUCGCCGGGUUUGUCGGAGUUGCAGAACCGCCGGACGACGACGGGAACGAUCAUCUUCAGCUACACCUGCGUCGGGCUCACGGGCACCGCGCUCGUCGCCGUCCUCUUCUUCUACUUCUACCAACAUUUCCGCCGACGGGCACCAGUCACCGCCGCCGGGGCAGAAGGCAAUCCGGGAGCAGGAGACCACCAUGUCGGAGUGGACGUCACCAAGCUUCCCGAGUACGCCUACACCCAGUCGUCGAGGCGCCGGAGCAGCGGCGGCGACGGGGCGCAGUGCUCGGUGUGCCUCGGCGCCGUGCAGCCCGGCGAGAUGGUGCGGCGGCUGCCCAUGUGCAAGCACCUCUACCACGUCGAGUGCAUCGACAUGUGGCUGGCGUCGCACGCGACAUGCCCGAUGUGCCGGUCGGACGUCGAGCUGCCGGCGGAUGGUAAAGCGGCGCCGCCGACGGAGCCGCCACAGGAAGUGCCGCCGGUGUAG